UAAUGACGAAUAUGUUCCAUUGAACGGCCUAGUCAACUGUUGAACCUCUUGUAGUCGCUUAAAAAGAAUUAUCUGUCUUAAAAAGUUUGUAAAGAUGCUGAUUACAUUCAAAACUCUUCAGCAGAAAUCUUUCAAGAUAGAAGUCAGCGAUGAAGAUCUGGUGAAGGAUGUGAAAGGAAAAAUAGAAAAAGAAAAAGGGAGCGAUUUUCCUGUGGAUGGACAAAAACUAAUAUAUGCAGGCAAGAUUCUCGAAGAUGGAAAACUUAUGAUUAAAGAGUAUGAAAUAGAUCCUGUGAAAAAUUUUGUGGUUGUUAUGGUUACAAAGCCCAAGCCAAAGGCAACAUCAGACGCAACUCCUUCGGCAACUACAGCAACCCCUGCAUCACAGAGUUCAGCUGCUGCUACUCCUGCACAACCAACAAGCGAAUCAAAAACUGAUGACAAAAAGGAGGAGGAAAAAGCUAAAUCUGCAGAACCUAUUACUGUCUCAUCCACAGAAACAACAACUACUCAGGCUAGCUCCACAACAUCAACAACCACAACGGAUAGUACACCCCAGAGUUCAUUAUUAAGUGCUGAAUCAGCUCUCGUUGUUGGUGAAGACUACGAGAAAAUGGUCCUCGAGAUGAUGUCCAUGGGCUUUGAAAGAGAUAAGGUCGUAAGAGCCUUGCGUGCGAGCUUCAACAACCCAGACAGAGCUGUUGAAUACCUAAUGACGGGAUCGAUUCCUGACGUCCAGGUAGAAACUCAAGAGGCAGCGGAUUCAACCGGUAGAACAGAAGAUGAUGCUUCAAUGGUAUCCGAGGCUGAAUCAACAGGGGAUCCAUUGACCUUCUUACAACAGCAACCACAAUUCUUGGCUCUGCGUCGCGCAGUGCAAUCAAAUCCGGCCGUGUUGCCGCAGCUUCUUCAAGAACUUGGACAAGCAAACCCAGAACUGCUUCAGCUCAUCAGUCAAAAUCAAGAGAGGUUUAUUGGCAUGUUGAACGAGCCUGUUACUGGGGAAGAGGCUGUAACCGAAGGAAUUGAAGUCGCUGGCCAACCAGAGGGUGGCCCACAAGUGCAGACUGGUUCUGGUGUCAAUUAUAUUAGUGUCACGCCACAAGAGAAGGAAGCAAUUGAAAGGUUAAAAGCCCUUGGUUUUCCAGAGCAUCUGGUCAUACAGGCAUAUUUUGCUUGUGAGAAAAACGAAAAUCUUGCGGCAAAUUUCCUUCUCGCUCAAGGAUUUGAUGAUUAAAGGCCAAAACUGCAGGUUUUGUCACGAAAUAAUAUACCAAAGACUGUUCUUGCAUAUGACAUGACUGUGAAGAACUAUGGGUCUAACUUUCCACAGUAAUCAUAACGAAUGAGUGUAGGCCAGUGGGACGUGGCUUUCUUUGUACCGCUAUUUAACUUGAUAAUUUUAUACAUUUCGAAUGAACUAUUUGUUGAGUCAGAAGGGACUUGACGAAACCUCGGUUCAAACAGCUAAACCCGAAUCGAAGCCCUUUGUAAGCCGAAGAAUACGUGCAGAAUAUGAUAAUACUUCUGCCCCUAAUAUGUUGAUCUAUAUCUACCUUUACAAUAUUCAAACUUGCUGACAGCAUUCUAACUUGCUGGCCAUGUUUAAGCGAAACAUUGAUAGCUAUUCAUGACAAAAAGAAUGAUGCUGAUUACAAUAAACUUUUUCGAUAGAAGAACAAGCUUAUUUCGUUGUAGGCUGCAAAUUGUUUUAUAAAGUAAAUACUUGUGUUUCUUCUUUUUCUUUCCUACCAGAUUGUCAUUCGCGUAUUACAAUGAAUUCCGCACGUAAA